UUUUGCCAACGAUUGCUGACUUUGACGUUGUUUUGGCGUCCCUUCGUCUAAAUUUUAAACUCUAUCUAAUUCUAAGUCUUUAUUGUUUACUCAGGUUCAUACAUAAUUAAAAAGGAAAAGAGGAAAUUCUUUGCGAACAAAUUAAAAUAUAUUUUCGUAUUUAUUAACACAAACGAUGAAGCACUAGGUAAAAUUGUGUUGAUAUUCCAGACUGAAUUUAGAAACGAAAAUUUUUCUUUGCAGGAAAAUUGUUUUCUGACCGAAAGAAUCAAACAUUUUAUGAGGCCCAAAAUUUCAGUAAAAUAUCACGCACGGAUUAAACGACUCGUCAGUUACCUAACAUAUACUAUCAAGUAAAUCGAGGUGCAAAACUUUCAGAUAAACAGAAGUGUAAGGAUAUCAGACAAUGAAAGCAACUCCAAGGACAUAAAGAAAUUUACUUGAUAUCCUUUGCACCAAAACAGAUCGACGAUGAAUAAAUCAGAUUCUGAACGUUUGACUGCUUUUAACCAACAGGAAGUCGAAAAGCACCUAGCUAUUAUUACUCUUUUAUCCAUUUUUAUGAUAAUGGGUAUUAUUGGUAAUAGUUUAAUAGUCUACAUUCAUAUUUGCAAAUUAAAUCGAACAGCAUCCACUUUGCUUAUUAUUUUCUUUGGCUGGAGUCAAAUUUUUACCAGCGCGAUAUGUAUACCAAUGGAUAUUGUUUUCCUUCUUUAUUCAUAUAUUUUCACAAAUAGCUUUCUUUGUCGUAUUAUGCAGUCUACCAUUUUUAUGUCAGCUUUUGUAUCAGGAUUGAUAAUAUUCACAAUUGCUAUAGAUCGGUUUAAAAGAGUAUGCCGGCCGUUUGCAACACAAUUUAAUCGUAAGGAUGUCAAGAAGCUCAUCUGGUUAAACAUUGUAAUAACGACUAUACCGAUGACUGUCAACUUUUAUGUUUGUGGAAUUAAAAAAAUUCCCUUGUAUAAUAACUUAAUCGGUCACAUGUGCUCAAUGUCAGAUAAAGCAAAUCCACGUGUGGUAUACAGUUUCUUCAUUUUUAUGCUAGUACUAUGCGUGGUGUUAGUGCUGACGUUCAUCAUAAUUUAUUCUACAAUAUUUAUGAAGCUGAGGGAAUACAGUAAACGUAAGAGAUUGUUGGCCUCCCUUCAACCGUCAAUUUCAAAAGUUAGUGAAAUAACCUCGUCGAGAGAGGAACAUUUAGAACCAACGAUAAGUAAAGAUUCAUUAUUCCAACCCAUGCAACGCAGAAGAUAUUAUAUUGCCACAACCCGAAUCACAUUCAAUAUGUUUUGUAUAACUCUUUCAUGGUGUCUUACCUACAUUCCUUAUUUCACAGUAACUUUCUUAACUACAAAAAUAAAUGUCAGAAGAGUCGGUUGGAAACCUACUGAGGACAUAUUUUAUGAAAUAGCUGAUCAUUCUUACUAUAUAAACGCUGUCAUCAUUCCAAUAAUUUACGUAAUCUUCAACCCACCUUUCAGGAGAGAAGUUAUUACCCUCUUCAAACGAUAUAUUUUGUGCACCAUAAGUAAUAAACCAGACGAAAAUUAG